AUGAUUAACGAGGUUAAGAGGCGAUGUGCGUUGGCGUCCUCAGCGAUUAGUAAGUUAUGCAAGUUCUGGGACACCAAAGACGUUGACAGUGGCACAAAACUGCGGAUAAACAGGGCCUGUACGCUGAACAACUUGCCUUAUGACCUGCAGAGGGCAGCACUGAACAAAGUUAGAAGCAAUGACAAUGAAUGUUUUAACAUCAAUAACGAAAACGGAGGCGCAAUUCCUUGCUACUUGUGCGGCUUGGAGGAAGUUUUCGUAAGUUUAGACUUCGUCAACUGCCGCAAGCUGACAAACCGAAUGGGUUUCUUGAUCAUUCUUCUCGGAGCUUCAAGACGAAGAAUGUAA